AUGAACCAACCAUCACAUUCACCACCACCACCACCACUAAACCAACCAUCACUCAUCACUCCACUACCAGAAAUCCCAAUCUCGAUUCUCAUCUCACGACAUUUAUCAACCAAACCCAUCAAACCAACCCAACCCCAUACGAUCCAAGACUUAAUCGAACAAAAGUCUUGGAAAACUUUAGCUGAUGUCACGGCUGAUCAAAUCAUCCAAACCGAUCUGAACGAAACCCAAAACCUUUUACAAAAUUGGUUAGGUAUUGUUUCAAAGUCUCAAGUUUGGAUCGAGAAUGGUGAUGUAAGAUCUUUGGAAACUUAUUUGAGUUCCAUGGAUCAUCAUUCGCUUUUGGAUACGUUUCUUUGUGUGGCUAAAGGGGAUUGGAAUAGAUGUGAAGUGAAGUGUCAGGAAGCUUUACAGAAUGAUACUCUUCUUCAACUUGAUUCGAAUUCUAGAAUCCUUUUUCAAAAUUCAUUGGCUUUGAGUUUGUUAUAUCAAGGUAAAAUUUCAGAGGCAUUAGAGAUCAUGAAAACUUUAAUCGAUUCGUUGAAUGAGAAUACGUUAUUGAAUUCAUUGGUUUUUAAUUUAGUCACUAUUCUUGAAUUAAGAUCGAUUCAUGCUCAAGAAGAUAAACUUAAUCUUUUAAAUCAACUUCAAAAUCAAUUCUCAAUUGAAAGUUUAAAUCCAAUCGUAUUUAAAUUAGAUUGA